ACCCGAGGCUUGAAUCGAACCUGGGAUGGGGUGCUGUGAGGCAGCAUUGCUAACCACUUCUUUUCACUUUUUCUUUAUGAUUUCUGUCAUUAAUUUAGGCACUGUGGUAUGGUGACUUAUAAACCUUCUCACUUUUUUUUGUAGAAAUACAUGUGACAAUAAAUUGCUAUUCUAUUCUUUACAAUAUUCAACCCAAAUCAUGAUGUAGCUUAAUGGGCAGGUUUUUGACAUUUUAAAUACUUGGUUUCAAGCUAUUCCUGCUCUUAGUUCAUAUUUAAGUACAUCUCUUCCUCCAAGUAUUAGUGUCAAUGCUGCUGUGCUUCAAAGGAAACUUGGGAGUGACUUAUUACAAUUUCUUUGCCUUCUCCUGAAUGCUAGCAAUUUGCGGGUUGAGAAAACAGGACACAGAGCACGUAGAUGCUUUUCGAUGCUAUCAGUGUUCAGAGCUGAAACUAAUAUAUGACCAUCCUAGCUCAGUAGUCAGGAGUGUGAUGGAAUACUCCCCAUUUUCAACACUUAGGAAGCUUGACACCAUCCAGGACAAAGCAGCAGCUCACAUAAUUGGCAUCACAUCUACAAGCGUCCACUUCCUCCACUACUAAGGUUGAAUGCAGCAGUGUAUUUGAUCUAUAAGAUGCACUGCAGAAAAUCUUAGACAGCACCUUCCAAACCUACAGCCACUUCCAUCUAGAAGGACAAGGGCAGCAGAUACAUGGGAAUAUCCCAUCUGCAAAUUCCCUUCCAAGCCCUUCACCAAUACGUGUUUUCAGGACAUGGCUUUGCAGUCAGGACUGAGAAGCCUGGUUGACUUUGUUUUAUUUAGCAUCCUGAUUCACUGAGCUCAACUAUAAUGGUUUCUAGAUGUUAUCCAAUUGUCUGAAUCAGCAAGGUAGCUACAUCAUGGAUCUUUCAAAUGCACUAGAUCAAAGUCCUGGAACUCCCUAACUGCAUAGUGAUUAUAUUUACACCUCAUGGAUUGCAGCAGUUCGAGAAGGUGACUCAUAUAUUUAGGGAUGUGCAGUGAUGGUUGGCCUUGCAAGCAUCCCAUUGAAUAUAAAAAUAAGCAACAUCGAGCCUUAUCAGAACCUGAGAACUUCAUGGCAUAGUGGGAUAAGUGUCACAAAUGCACUUCAUUUACCUGCUGAACCAUCAGAGGAACACGAGGUCAUUUGCUAAUGAUCAAACUAAAAAUGAAUGCACUGUAGAAUAACAAAAAUGUAUUAAAAUCCAAGUAGGUUGUAUACACCCAGAAAUGCAGUAAGACAGAAUCAUUUUUUGAUUCUUUUUCAAAUAUAUGCAGAAAAAUGUAUUAAGUUUUAAUGCAAAAUGUACAAAAUGCUUGUCCAAAACGUUUGUUUUAUUAUUUUAUUUCUUAAAGCUUGUGUCCACAGACUCUCUUCAUGUGCUUGCAGCAACAGAAAUUGUUCUAAAUUCUGUUACAAAUGUUUCCAGAAUAAUGAUUAUGAACAAAUUGCAAUGGAAUCUAACACCAGAUCAAAUCAGAGAUCGGACAGAUGCUCUCAUUCACAAAAGCAAACAAGUGUAUGACUCUAUCGGAACAUUAGACAUUAAAGAUGUCACAUAUAAAAAUACACUGAUGGCUCUGGCAAAUAUGGAUGUUGAGUAUGAUGUGGAACACAGCAAUCUUACAUUUCUACAGCAUGUUUCUGACAACAAGGAUGUGCGUGCUGCUUGCACUGAGGCUGACAAGAACCUUUCAGAAUUUGAUGUGGACAUGUCUAUGAGAGAGGAUGUGUAUCAACGGAUUGUGGCUCUACAGAAAAAAUGUAAUCUCAAGGCCCUGAAACCAGAGGCUAAGCGAUUCUUGGAGAGACUGCUGAAAUUGGGAAGAAGGAAUGGGUUACACCUACCAAAAGAAACACAAUUAGAGCUCAAGACUAUCAAGAAGCAAAUGAGUGAGCUCAGUAUUGACUUCAGCAUGAAUCUCAAUGAGGACACAACUGUUCUUCUGUUUACCAAGGAAGAACUGGGGGGCCUCCCAGAUGACUUUCUUGAUGAUUUGGAAAAAACUAGUGAUAACAAAUACAAGGUGACCUUAAAAUACCCUGACUACACGCCUAUCAUUAAAGAGUCUUAUGUCCCUGAAACCAGAAGGAAAAUGGAAGCAGCUUUUCAUUCUAGAUGUAAAGAGGAAAACACCAUUAUUCUUGAAAAGUUGAUUCCACUUCGAGCAAAAGCAGCAGAAUUACUGGGAUUUAGUUCACAUGCUGACUUUGUACUUGAGAUGAACAUGGCCAAGAAAGUGGAGAAUGUUGGCAAGUUCUUAGAUGAUUUAUAUGAGAAAAUGAAACCUUUAGGUGAGCAGGAGAGAAGCUUCAUUUUAGACUUAAAGAAGAAAGAAUGUGAAGCGCGAGGAUUGGAGUAUGAUAACAAAAUAAAUGCAUGGGAUAUGCAUUAUUAUAUGACACAGACUGAAAAAAUCAAAUAUUCUAUUGAUGAGAAUUAUCUCAAGGAGUUCUUCCCUAUUGAGUUCGUAACCACAGCAUUGUUGAGCAUCUAUCAGGAAUUGUUGGGUCUGACUUUCCAUCAAUUAGAGAAUGCUGAUACUUGGCAUGAAAGUGUAACUCUAUACAGUGUUGAGGAUACUGCCACAUGUGAUGUUUUGGGUCAGUUUUAUCUUGAUUUGUAUCCAAGAGAUGGGAAGUAUGGGCAUGCAGCUUGUUUUGAUCUGCAGCCUGGAUGUCUACUGCCUGAUGGAACUAGACAGAUUGCAGUAACAGCUAUGGUAGCAAAUUUUACCAAGCCAACACCUGAUGCUCCUUCCCUUCUCCGCCAUGAGGAAGUUGAGACUUACUUCCAUGAAUUUGGUCACGUAAUGCACCAGAUAUGUGCUCAGGCUGAUUUUGCCAUGUUCAGCGGAACUAAUGUGGAAACAGAUUUUGUGGAAGCACCUUCCCAGAUGUUAGAGAACUGGGUUUGGGAGAAGGAACCACUUAAGAGAAUGUCACAUCAUUAUAAAGAUGGGAAUCCUAUUCCUGACUAUUUACUUGAGCAACUUAUUCAGUCAAGAUUAGCUAACACUGGUCUUCUAAAUCUUUGGAAGAUUGUAUUGAGUAAAUUUGACCAGACAAUCCAUUCAAAGUCAUCUGCUAAUACAGCAGAGGAGUAUGCCAAAUGCUGUGAAGAAAUUCUUGGAAUACCCGCUUCACCAGGAACGAAUAUGCCUGCUACCUUUGAGCAUCUGGCAGAUGACUAUGAUGGUCAGUAUUAUGGCUACCUGUACAGUGAAGUUUUUUCAGUGGACAUGUUCUACAGCCUCUUCAAAGAUAAUCACAUAAUGGAUCCUACGGUUGGUUUACAUUACAGAAAUUGUAUCCUUAGACCAGGAGGAUCUUUGGAUGGCAUGGACAUGCUCAGAAACUUUCUCGGACGUGAACCAAAUCAAAACGCUUUCCUUCUGAGUAAAGGAUUGAUGAUCAAACAUCAAAAAUGUCCUCAUUGAAGCUAGUAAGACAUAGGGCUGCAUAUUAUCUGCCUGCCGACUGAGUAUGUUAAAAUAGUUCAGGGCUUAGCUAUCCAUCUUCCCACCAGCCCUAAGCUUCCCUCUGAUAAUAUAGAGAGUAGGCAGUUGCCAUCUGGCUCACCAAAUAUAAUUAAACAUCAGUUGAACUUGUUAAAGCUCAGUUGACCCCUGUAUUACCCCACCCAAACAAUGGAAUUGUUGGCUUGGGCAGUCCAUUGUAUUUACGAAUUAUAAAAAGCACUGGAAGAAGUAGGGUCUAUCUUCGAAGGCUGCCCUUUGGUCAUCAGAGCACCCCCACAAAAGAUAGUAGUCAUUUCCUUUCUCAUUUAAAACUUGUAAUGUAAAACAAAUGCUUCCGACUAGAAACAAAAUCCAUAAUUCCCCCCCCACCCUGCCAACUCAGUGGCCAAACCUCCCCAGCCAAUGGUCUCUACCUACCUGGGUCUAGGAUUCGAUCAGAACCUUCAGCUUACCACUAACUUUCCUUUCAUUGACAAUGGGAAGGGCCAUAAUUCUCUGCCCAUGCAUAUCGAUAAAUGAUACUGUUUUGCAAUUUACCCUUAAGUGCAUUAUACACAAUAUCUCUUCACAUUUUGCAAAAAAAAAAGCAAAGAGAUAACUGAGGUUUUUUGUCUAAAGUAACCAUUGGAAUUAAAAUAAAUGGAUCCCAAUUCAUUA